GUAGAGGCGGAAGUAACGUUUCACAACCAGUUCACAACCAGGCCCCGGCGUGACUUUCACCGGGUUGUCAGAGUCGGGGGUAAAAGAGGAGUACGACCACCCUGUGCCCAACCAAGCAGUCACAAUGAGACUACUAAAAGCGUGUCUGUCUUUGGCAAAAACGCAUCUUUUGGCGCCAGGAAGCGUCACUCUUAAAAAGGUGCUCAUUAACAGCUGUCGGACAUGUUCCUCUGGUAUCUUUCCCAACGAGAGGAUCCGCAACAUCGGGAUCUCCGCUCACAUCGACUCGGGGAAGACCACCCUGACCGAGCGUGUCCUCUUUUACACCGGCAAGAUAGCAGAGAUUCACGAGGUGAAGGGGAAGGAUGGUGUUGGAGCCACUAUGGACUCUAUGGAGCUGGAGAGACAGAGAGGCAUCACCAUCCAGUCAGCUGCUACAUACAGCGUGUGGGAGAAUCACAACAUCAACAUCAUUGACACACCAGGUCACGUGGACUUUACCAUCGAAGUGGAGCGAGCGCUGCGUGUGCUGGACGGAGCCGUGCUGGUCCUGUGUGCAGUGGGGGGAGUCCAGUGUCAGACCAUGACAGUGAACAGACAGAUGAAACGCUACAACGUCCCCUUCCUCACCUUCAUCAACAAGCUGGACCGCAUGGGCGCCAACCCCAGCCGAGCUCUGCAGCAGAUGAGAACCAAACUGAACCACAACGCAGCCUUCGUGAGCAUCCCCAUCGGCCUGGAGGGGAACAUGCGCGGCAUCAUCGACCUUGUAGAGGAGCGGAGCAUGUAUUUUGACGGACCUUUUGGUCAAACUAUCCGCUACGAUGAGAUCCCGGCAGAUUUUCGUGCUGAGGCUGCAGAACGGAGGCAGGAGCUGGUGGAGUGUGUGGCUAACGCUGAUGAAGUCUUGGGAGAGAUGUUCUUGGAGGAAAAGAUUCCAACCAACAAAGACCUGAAGGCUGCAAUCCGCAGGGCCACAGUGCAGCGUCUGUUCACUCCAGUGUUGGUGGGCACAGCGUUGAAGAACAAGGGCGUUCAGCCUCUACUGGACGCUGUCCUGGAUUACCUGCCGAACCCCACUGAAGUCAAAAACUAUGCUAUCCUCAAUGACGAAGAUGUCAGCGAAACAUCAAAGAUUCUGAUGGACCCUACAAGAGACUCUGCAAAACCGUAUGUUGGGCUGGCCUUCAAACUGGAGGCAGGGAGGUUUGGCCAGCUGACAUAUGUGCGGGUGUACCAGGGCUGUCUGAAGAAGGGGGAGUACAUCAUCAACACACGCACGAGCAAGAAGGUCAGAGUUCAGAGGCUCGUGCGCCUCCACGCUGACCAAAUGGAGGAUGUGGAUGAGGUUUAUGCAGGCGAUAUAUGUGCUCUGUUUGGGAUUGACUGUGCCAGCGGAGACACUUUUACAUCCAGGACCAGUGCUAACCUCUCCAUGGAGUCUAUUCACGUCCCAGAGCCUGUCAUUUCCAUGUCAAUGAAGCCCACCAACAAGAAUGACCUGGAUAAAUUUUCCAAAGGUAUUAACCGAUUCACCAGGGAAGAUCCGACGUUUCGAGUGCAUUUUGACACAGAGAGCAAAGAAACCAUCAUCUCGGGCAUGGGCGAGCUGCAUCUUGAAAUCUACUCCCAGAGGAUGGAGAGGGAAUACAACUGUCCCUGUGUGAUGGGAAAGCCCAAAGUGGCUUUCAGAGAGACGAUCACAAGUCCCGUACAGUUUGACUUCACUCAUAAGAAGCAGAGCGGCGGCUCUGGGCAGUACGGCAAAGUUAUCGGAGUCCUUGAGCCUCUCGAGCCAGAGCAUUUCACCAAGCUGGAGUUUGAAGACCAGACUGUUGGAACCAACAUCCCGAAGCAGUUUGUACCAGCUGUUGAAAAGGGUUUCAGGGAGGCCUGUGAGAAGGGACCCCUGAGCGGACACAAGAUCUCAGGAGUCCGGUUCCUCCUGGAAGAUGGAGCGCAUCACAUGGUGGACUCCAAUGAGAUCUCCUUCAUCCGUGCAGGAGAGGGCGCUCUAAAACAAGCUAUGGAAAAAGCAAACGCAACCAUCUUGGAGCCAAUCAUGUCUGUGGAAAUCGUAGCCCCCCAGGAGUUUCAGGGAACAGUCAUUGCUGGUGUAAACCGCCGGCACGGUGUCAUCACAGGACAGGACGGAGCUGAAGGAUACUUCACGCUGUAUGCUGACAUUCCACUAAACGACAUGUUCGGCUACGCCACAGAACUACGCUCCUGCACUGAAGGGAAGGGGGAGUACACCAUGGAUUACAGCAGAUACCAGCCCUGCCUGCCAGCCUCACAAGAGGAACUCAUCCACAAAUACUUGGAGGCUACAGGGCAGCUGCCUGCGAAGAAGAACAAGUGGAAAAGCUGAAAACUGUCCAAUCUACCACACUGCAUACUACUGGACUUUGACCACCGUCCCUCAUCUUUACACACAUUUCUGCCCAUCAUCAACCGUGACUCGACAAUAAGGCUUUCAUUUUUAGACGCCAUGAAAAACUGACAUUUUACUUUCGUAGCUAUUUUUCCUCCCAAAUGUUUAGCAUAUUUAUGACCUUAAUUUUACGACCAUGUGACAGUGUUGGUAAGGAAAGCUCAGUGUUUUGACUUGAACUUAAAUGGCUUUUAUACUAUGUACAGAAUGGUCCUGAUGUAAUAAUGACUGAAACAAAGCUAUAUAUAUAUAUCGGUC